AUGACACAAUUAUCAACAACUGACAUACUAAGGAUUCCAUACAAUACAGUACAAAUUUCUCCUAAUAAUGGAACUUGGACAUUAUGUUCUGAACAAGCAACAAAAUAUGUUAGCUAUAGUCUGAGAGUGGUGAAUGAUUCAUUUCCAAUAACACCAAAUUAUGGAAUAUCAAGGCCAGGACAAGAACAACCACUAUUACUAACAUCAAAAGUAGGAGUAAUAUCGUUGGUUGUUUAUUCAUCCAACACUAAAUUCAUAUCAUCAUUAUCUUGUUAUAGAGAUUACGUGAUGAAAUGUGAUCAAAACACAGGAGCAAUACCAAUAAAAGAUUCAGAUAAUUAUUGUCUUGUAAUAUGGAAUUCUAGUGUAGAUUUACAAUAUGUUAAUGUUAGUUUAUCUUUUAAUGAAUCUGUAUUUAAUAAUAAUUUCACUAGUCCAAAUAAACAAGGUGGAAAUAAUGUACCAAUAGAUGAUAACAACAAUUCCUUAAUUGACAUUCCAAAUGUCUUUUAA